AUGGUAUCUCUAAAGUCGUUGCUCGUCAUCACGGCGACGUUCCAAAGUAUCGUAGCGAUCCCACAUGCUAGGCCAUUCGAACAGUGGAAACGACAAUCAGGCACAUCAAACACUACUUCCACACAAGUGGACCUAGGAUAUGAGAUUUAUGAGGGAGUUGCAAACUCUUCAACGGGCUUGAACACUUUCAAAGGCAUCCGAUACGCAGCCGCGCCUGUUGGAGAUCUCCGAUGGCAGCCGCCACAAAGUCCAGAGUCAAAUCGCAGUGCUGUGAUAUCGGCCGCUAAACAAGGCCCUAUAUGCCCUCAAUCAUCAAGGGCCAUGCCAGGAGCUGAGACGUCGGGAAUCACCGGCAGCGAGGACUGUCUAUUCUUGAAUGUAUACGCGCCGCAGAACGCUACCGAUCUGCCUGUACUUGUUUACAUCCAUGGUGGCGGGUACGGUCAGGGAGCUGCCACGUCGGACAUGAGUUCUAUGAUCAAUGCGAACAAUGACAGUUUCGUUGCUGUCGUUAUUCAGUAUCGCCUAGGAGCUUUUGGAUUUUUGGCAGGCGACGAAGUGUACAGAAAUGGGAUCGUGAACGCCGGAAUCAGGGACCAAUUGUUUGCUCUUCAGUGGGUUCAAGCAUACAUAGAACUUUUCGGAGGCGAUCCGAGUCAAGUCACGAUAGCUGGUGAAUCAGCAGGCGCGGGCUCAGUGAUGCUGUUAGACAUCGCCUACGGCGGCACACUUGGAACGUCCUUGUUCGUUAAUUCCAUAACUGCGUCACCAUACCUCCCUCAACAGUACCAUUACAAAGACUGGGUGCCUUCCCAGUCGUACUAUUCUUUCGCUAUGGCGGCCGGAUGUCCCCCAACGUGGGCUUACGGCAACAGCUCUCAAACCAUCUUCGAAUGCCUUAUCUCGCAAAGCACAGGGACACUUCAAAAUGCCUCAGCGCUCGUCUCACAAUCCGGAACAUUCGGCUCAUGGGCCUUCUUGCCAGUCACAGACGACGUCUUCAUCCCGUCCACCCCAAGUAAAGCACUGGUCGAGCGCAAACUCAAUGGCCUUAACCAUCUUUCGGGAAACAACGCGCAAGAAGGCGACAUCUUCACUACGCAGAACAUCACGACUGAGAACGACCUGGUAGCCUGGAUCCGCCUCGUCUUCCCCCUGUUCACGCAAGACGAUAUCGCGAAGCUGCUCUAUUACUAUCCCUCGUCGAACAUUAGCGACUCUUCGGAUGGUCUCACCGAGUUUGCGACGAACGGUACCGCAGGACCGACUUUGUUGAACGUCAGCCAAACCGCCACCGGCCACCAACAACGCGCCCAAGCCAUCUACGGCGAAACCACCUUCGUCUGCCCCAGCUACUGGCUCGCAGAAGCCUACAACGCCCGCGGCCGCACAGGCUACAAGUACCAAUACUCCGUCCCUGUCGCCCUCCACGGCAGCGACCUCGCUGCGUACUUCGGUCCCCCCACCGCGAACACCGGGCCCGACUUUGUCCUCGCGUUCCAGCGCAUAUGGGGGAACUUCAUUACCACGGGGGACCCGUCUAUCUCGGCGUCUAUCGCAAGUGGCAGUGCCUCGAAUGGGACGAGCGCCUCGGGGCUGGAGGACUGGCCUGUGUUCGCGAUGUGGGAUCCUAGAAUGGCGAAUUUGAAUCAGACGGGUGGGAUGGCGGAGUCGGUCGAUUUGUUUAAUGAGACGGGGGUUUUGGACGGGAAUGCAACUGUGUAUCUUGGGCCGGGGCAGAUGAAUGAUAUCGCGUUGGUGGAUGCGUAUUCGUGGGAGGGUGGACGGGGGAAGAGAUGCGACUUUUGGUUGAGUGUUGCGGCUAUUGUGCCGGAGUGA